GAUGGCGGCGGUAGCGCCGAGAUGGAGUAGCCGCUCAGCUUGAGCAGUUUUUUUUUUUAAAGAUAAAAUAGCUUAAAUAUCUAACUUAAAUCUAAAAAUAGCACAGCUUUUGUUUGGACCUCUCGACUUUCGCUAAGUUUGGCUAUUUUCUGUCAAAAUGUUCCAAUUCUAGUUAUCUUUUACUCUGGUCCAUCAAGCAAACAAGGUAGAAAGUAUAAUGGGAGAGAAGCUAGAACUGAAGCUCAAGUCGCCGGUUGGAGCUGAAGCUGCGGGAUAUCCGUGGCCAUUACCAGUAUACGAUAAACAUCAUGAUGCUGCGCAUGAAAUUAUUGAAACCAUACGUUGGGUGUGUGAAGAGAUCCCUGACCUUAAACUGGCAAUGGAGAACUACGUGCUUAUUGACUAUGACACAAAAAGUUUUGAGAGUAUGCAGAGGCUAUGUGACAAGUACAAUAGAGCUAUUGACAGCAUUCACCAGCUGUGGAAAGGUACAACUCAGCCGAUGAAACUGAAUAAAAGGCCUUCAAAUGGCCUGCUUCGACACAUCCUGCAGCAAGUCUACAAUCACUCUGUAACUGAUCCAGAGAAGCUAAACAACUAUGAGCCCUUUUCUCCAGAGGUGUAUGGAGAGACUUCAUUUGACCUGGUGGCUCAGAUCAUUGAUGAGAUUGAGAUGAUGGAAGAGGACACUUUUGUGGACCUGGGCAGCGGCGUUGGCCAGGUGGUCCUGCAGGUUGCUGCAGCUACUAACUGUAAGCACUACUACGGUGUAGAGAAGGCAGAGAUUCCAGCCACGUAUGCAGAGGCAAUGGACAGGGAAUUCAAGAGGUGGAUGAAGUGGUAUGGGAAAAAGCAUGGAGAGUAUACACUGGAGAGAGGAGAUUUUCUGUCAGAAGACUGGAGGGAAAGAAUAGCAAACACAAGUGUUAUUUUCGUGAAUAACUUUGCCUUUGGUCCAGAGGUGGAUCACCAGCUGAAGGAGCGGUUUGCCAACAUGAAGGAAGGUGGAAAAAUUGUAUCCUCAAAACCGUUUGCACCUCUCAAUUUUAGAAUCAACAGUCGAAACUUGAGUGAUAUUGGCACAAUAAUGCGUGUUGUUGAACUUUCUCCACUAAGAGGCUCAGUGUCUUGGACAGGGAAGCCAGUUUCCUACUAUCUGCAUACAAUAGACCGUACCAUACUUGAAAACUAUUUUUCUAGUCUUAAAAAUCCUAAACUCAGGGAGGAGCAGGAAGCAGUGAAACGGCGUCAACAGAAGGAGACCAAGGACAGUAAAAGCAGCAGCACCACCCCAACCAAGCCAAAGGAGCACAAGGAGUCAGGUGGUGAGGAGGAGACCUCAGGGGCACUGGUACCUGUGAAGUCGUCACCUAAACCUCGUCGCGCCAAGCUACUGGCCAAGGGCCGCAAGCUGGGCAACAGGAAACGUGGGCGGCCCAAGAAGUCCAUCAUGGCAGCAGCUACUGAGCGUAAGACCAAGAAGAGCCAGAGUGCCCUCGACCUGCUUCAUGCCAAGACUGUCUCAGCAGCGCCUCCUCAGGAUGCAUACAAAUCGCCUCAAAGCCCCUACUACCAGCUACCUCCUAAAGUUCAGCAUUACACAGCUGGCCAGCUGCUGCUCGGCCCGGUUCCUGCAGGCCUGCAGGCCCUACUGGAUAAUUUCAAAGUCCAGUACAUGCAGUUGUUGACCUAUAUGAAGACACCACAGUACCACACAAACCUACAGCAAGCUCUGGAGCAAGAGAGGCUCAGACACACUGAAUUGUCAGGUCAAGCCCAGCGACUGAUGAACGCCUGUCAUGCUCACAAGGAGAGGAUCAGGGACCUCUUUCAGGCCAAACUAGAGGAGUUGGGAGUAAAGGCAGUGACAGUAGAGGACCUGGUGCAGGCUCAGAAAGAGAUCAUGGCCCAUAAUAUGCAGCUUAAAGAGCAGACCAAGCAGCUAGAGAAAGAUAUGGCUGAGCUUAAAGAUCAGAGCCUGCUACUGUUAAAGGCUCGCUGUGAGGAACUGAAACUGGACUGGGGGUCUCUGUGUCUUGAAACCCUAUUAAAGGAAAAGGCUGCUCUGCGUAGACAGAUCUCUGAGAAACAGCGCCACUGCCUAGAACUUCAGAUUAGUAUUGUGGAGCUGGAGAAAAGCCAAAGACAGCAAGAGCUACUACAGCUCAAGUCCUCAUAUAGCCCAUGUAAAGACUCCCCAUACCGCAAGAGCAUCCCAAGUCUAGAGCCCCGCCCCCCACUAGACACUAACACCCCCAAACUGGCUGAACUGAAUGGCCUUAGCCCUGAGCUGUCCAUCAAUGGCACAGCAUCUCCUAGCUAUGAGCGUGGAGGCAGCAUCAGCUGCUUCAAUGGCAAGAAUGAGCUGCUCUCCAACUACCUGCCAAUCUCCCCUGAACAUGAGAUUGUGCCACCCACUCCAGAACCUCGGAGCAGGCCUCUAGGGCAGCCCCUGCCCGACUACACACGCUUUUCUCCAGCCAAGAUUGCUCUGCGCAGGCACCUCAACCAGGACUCCUCUAUAGGCCAGGCCAGGGCACUCAGCACUAUCCACAGGGGUGACGUUGGUGUUUUGUCAUCUCCAACCUUGAAACAGGGCUGCUCCUCACCAAGUGCAGCUGAAAAUCAACAACUAAACACAUUCAAGAGCACAGAGAGGGUGAAUAAGGAAAAGAGCCCAGCUGGACCAGGUGACAAUAUAACCAGUCUCCCAAUCAGCAUCCCUCUCAGCACUGUACAUCCCAGCAAACUCCCUGUCAGCAUCCCACUAGCCAGCGUGGUGCUGCCCAGUCGUGCCGAGAGACUGAGGAAUACUCCUAGUCCUAUGUCCAGUAGGGAGCAGUCAGCAGGGCCAAGCAACAGCAGCAAGCAACCUCUGACACCUAACUCUGGAUUCCCCUGUGUUUCAGGUUUGGUUAACGGCUCCCACUCUGCUAUAUGCGAUCAAGACUGCGACUCCAUAUCUCCUCCACCCCACAGCAAUCCCCUGCUGGGUCUUCAGUCACGUGGGUCUGGCUCCAGCCCUCUGCUGAGUACUGGAGGAGUGCUGCAAUAUGCAGACAGACCCCCUCGUCUUCCUGAUGAGGGCCACCAGCAUCAUGGCCUUGAAUCUGAUCCUGAGGCUUUAGACAGUGAGAUUCGCCGCCACAUAUUCUUCUCUUCAUCCUCCUCAUCAUCCUCCUCAUCCUCCUCCUCCUCUGCUGGAGGCUCACGCUCACAUCAUGGCUCAGCUAAGCAGGGAAAGCACCACAGCAGUCACCACCACCACCAUCACUCACCAGGUUCUCAUGGGUCGGAGGGACGCAAGAGAGGUCGCCGGAAACGCAGCUCCUCUAGCCUCAUUCCAGCAAGUGGUUCACCAAAGAAACGAUCGUUCCCUGGGAUUAACUACUCUUCGGGUUCCCCACUUAAUAUAAACACAAUGGUGAACAACAUUAAUCAGCCUCUGGAGAUCUCAGCCAUAUCCUCGCCAGAGCAGACAGGUGGCAGCCCAUGUGAGAUGGACCUGGACCAGCCACCAGUACUUAAAAGAGAACGCCCUCUGGAGGUCAAUGGCUCCAGCCGCGACUUAACCACCCCUAGCUCAGAGGAUGAGGAAACUGGAUAUCCGGCAGAUAGUAGCUCCUUACGAAUUGAAAGAAAAAUUGCAACAAUUUCUCUGGAGAGCCGAGAUGGUGAGAGGGGUUCACAGGGACGUAAAUCAGGGGCCAGUAGUGUGAGCAGUGACGUCUCCUCCUCUUCCAGCAAAUGGAAGUCCACCUUUUCACCCAUCUCUGAUCCCAAGCCCACUCCUCCAGAUCUCCGUCAGAGCAGUUCACCGUUCUGUGGGGGUAUUUCUUGUGGCACAGAUUCUGACUCUGAGCAGAAGCAGCAAAAGAGAGCAGACCGGGAUCGCAGUGAGCAUUAUGGGAACCCUAAACCCUUCCUAGGUCUGGACAAAGCACGGGAAUCCUUUCCUAAGCAAAAGUCACGGGAAUGGGAGCUAAAGGCCGUCGGUAGUGUGACCAGUCAGAAUCUCUUCAUCUCUGCUGCAGCUGGUGGAGGCCUUCUGUGUGGAAAAGCGGGUAGAGCCACUGCAGUUUCUUCUGCCUCCUCUGUGGGACAGUAUUUCCCUCUGGGUGGAACCUCAGUCUUACAGUCCUUAUUUGGAGCGCAGACUCCUAACACAGCCACCAGUGGACCUCCACGAUUGGUUAACGGCCAUUCUGUGCUGGGCAGCUUUUCUAGUGCUGGAUUGGCAGGGGGCGCUGCAGGAGGUAACUGAAGCAAUCUACCUCAACCCAAUGCAACCUAUGCAAUGGACAGGUGUAGACCAAUGGGCUCUUCCUCACUGGUGCUCCAAUGUUGGCUAAAGCCACCCGAAGGUGUCAGGACUUGACACCAGUGCAUCUGAAUACACUUUCAGAAACGUGUGUACACACAGGUCAGGACCACUCAAACCUUGUGCUCUUGUCUGGUUAAAGUUGUAAAACAAGGAGGCACUGACAAAAGUGAAUAUGCCAUCAUUCAUUAAUUGUGUAUUUAAAACAAUGCCUUAGCAAAUGGUAAAUUCUAAACAUCAGUGACGCUUUUUGUGCACAGUUUGGGAUCUGUAAUUUUUCUUUCCAGUAAAAAUAAGGCAUCAGCUGAGUGAUAACCUAAAUUACUGAACAUUUGCUCGAUGCUGAAACUCAGCACUGUUAGCCUUUAACGUUGCCUGGCACCUUCUUUUGAGGUAAAUGUAGGAAUAUAAACUUGAACAUGGAAAGUUAUUACAAAAAAGUUACACUUUUGUAAUGGCAUCAUGAAUCAUUCUGAUUUAAAUUAUUUUAAACUGCAGCAUUUUUGCAUACAUGCAUAUAUAUAUUCCUUUACAUUUACACUGGAUAAAAGACUAUUCACUACAAAGAACUGGCCUGAUAAUCUGAGGAAACUCGAUUAUGUUGUUUUGGUAACCUUUUUUUUUUUUGUUAAAUUCUCUUAACUCAUUAACACACACAGUGGCUAAAGCACAAAUUAUUAACUGUAUUUACCAAGGACCUGUGUGUGAAAACAUCAAGUAAACUUUGGCUUUUAAAGAUAAAACAUUAAUGUACAAUAUUCUAUAUCUAAUUAAAAAAAAUUAUUUCUGAUAUUUCUCAAUGAUGCCUAUACAUGUAAAGUUGGAGCUCAGUUUUGGACAUGAUUUAAUCAAUUCAGGUGAUUUUUUUUUUCUCCAUUUUUUUCCCCCCCGAGACAAAUAAAGAUCCGUGGUGCUGAAAACACUUUUGCUCAGAAAGGUGCUAGUAUCUGCUUUUGAAUGAUGCACACCAUUAAUGCUGUGGUGCUCCCUGCAACUAGGAAAAACACACACGUGCGCAUGAUUUGGGGGGGGGAAUCUUCAAACACUGGUAAAAUACAACAUGGCAAAUAAAUCUACUGUGCAACUGCCGCUUUUUUUUUUUUUAUAAACAUUUUUGUACUGUGAAUGGAAGUAACUCUCAAUGUGUAAUUGUAUAUAAUUUCGAAUAUUUAUCAUUUCUGUUGUGAUUGUUUUGUUCAUUUUGUAUUAACGUACUGCAUAAUUAGUGCAACUUGUGUGUACAUGACAAAAAAACAAAACAUGGUGCUACAAUCUAACUCUGGACUGUGCCUAUUUAUAUUAAGAACAUCAAAUAAGAGAGAUUAUUCUGGGUGCUUCUGUUGACAGGGACCUCGCAUUAUGUAGCACCAAGUGGAAAGCAAUCAGACGCUGCAUUGAUCCGAAGCGUUUUUAACUGAAUUCUUACUUGAGUUAUUCUAGACUUUAAAGUGGGGAUCUGUCUCCACUGGUGCUGGCAUUUGGCACACUCACAGCCAAAGCCCUCUGUCCACCCUGCUUCGAGUACUAAGAGCUUUUUCGCAGGGUGAAAACUCAUUUUUCGUUGUGCAUGCUUCUUGGUAGGAGUGGGCGAUAUGACAAAUAUAUUACAUUUCUCAAAAGCAUUUCUCCAAUACGUGAGGAGCAUUACAAUAUACAGUGAGUGGGACAAGCAUUCAGACCUCCUUGUUUUUAUUUACUUCUAGUGCAUAUAUUCCACUUGUUUUACACACGUUAUCUUUAUAUCUAUAAAUAUGAACAAAAAAGCAUGUAUUCAUGAGCAUAAACAGAUGUUUAGAAAUAAACUAGUAAGCAAAUUACCAACAUUAGUACUUUGUUAUUGGCAUUACAGCUUUGAGUCUUCCACAGUAAGAAGUAAUUGCUUUUUUGGACCAUUGUGGUUCAACCCUCUUGGCAAAUUGUCUUCAAUUCCCCAAGUUUACAAGGUUCUCUCUGAUGGACUCUCAUUUUCAUAAUUUUGUUAUCCCCCGCUGACCGAAAGGCCCGAAGGGGGAUUAUGUCAUGGCGAUGUCCGUCCCGGGAAGGGUACUCGCCUUCUGAAAUCAACUCACAAUUUUUGGAGGAAUUUCACAAAACUUGACAGGAUUCUUUUGUUAUAUGUCAGUAAUACGCAUAUUGUAGUUUCGUCCAAUUCAGUCGUAUUUUACCAGAGUGAUGGCCCUUGAUUACCAAACUUGUACCAGUGGGGGAUAUUGUGCUCUCAGAGCACUCAUUGUUGGCAAUAUCCGUCUCGGGAGACAAUGGUAUAGCGCUAGGACUUGGAGUAGCUAUGCAGACCCACUCUAGAGUGACAGUCUCUCCCACACUGUCUGUAGACAAAGGUAGAUGGUGCUCUUGGCAUAGAACCUAAACCAGGUACGGCAGUCUGCACUGUGACAUGCUGUGAAUGAGGGGUGAGAACCGAAAUCGCAGCUGCCACUACAGUCGCAACAGGCUAUAUAGAAAGCAACUAUGGCUACGGGACAUGCACGACGCAACACAAACAUAUACAGGCAUUUCACCAUACAAUACCUCCACCCUACGUUUUCAUAAUGGUCCAUAAAUUUUCAGUGGCAUUCAAGUCAGUACACUGGCUACACUGUGUAAGGCAUUCUUGAGUUAUUGUGGCUUUUAUGUUCGUCAUUGUCUUGUUGAAAGAUCCAUCAUCUCUCCAGAUUCAGGCCCUGUCCACACGGCAACGGAUUCAGGUGACUCCGAUACAAUUGCUUAUCGUUUAGGCCUGGCGUCCACACGGCACCGGCGUUUUGGGUGCCCAAAACGCAAUCUUUUUGAGAACGGGUUCCAGAGUGGAAAGAUCUGGCAACGUUGCCGUUGUGAAGUCGUCUGGAUGGGUAGAACGGAUUUGUUUACGAUGACGUCACAACCACAUGACUGUGAGUGCUUCACGCCGGGUAGAAGUGUAACGAAUAUCACCAGGAUAUUACCAGGAAAAAGCCUUACAGAGCACUAGCGAGAGUGAAACACGAGCUUGGAUAUUAUUAUUAUUAUUAUUAUUAUUUUAAUAAUCCAAAGACAUGCAGGUUAGGUUAACUGGUGACUCUAAAUUGACCGUAGGUGUGAAUGUGAGUGUGAAUGGUUGUCUGUGUCUAUGUGUCAGCCCUGUGAUGACCUGGCGACUAGUCCAGGGUGUACCCUGCCUUUCGCCCGUAGUCAGCUGGGAUAGGCUCCAGCUUGCCUGCGACCCUGUAGAAGGAUAAAGCGGCUAGAGAUAAUGAGAUGAGAAUGAGAUUAUUAUUAUUAUUAUUAUUAUUAUUAUUAUUAUGUUCAGUGUUAGUUCACAGUAGUAAUGCAAGAAGCAGAAUAGUGACAGUAAUAGUGAAGCAAAAACAUGCAGUUGUACAAACACUGCAGCUCUACAGCAAAAUAUUCAUUUAUGAAAUGGUCUGAUUCUUAACACCAGUAGUGCCAAUGAUGAUCUCAUUGCGAUGCGAGUUGUCAACAAAUCCUAUAACUUGGUUCAUGAAAUGUGCUUACAAAAUAUUUUCACUGUGAAUAUUUAUUGUGUAAUGGUGCAAAGUGAGAGAGAGAGAGACUCUGCCCUUAGGGCAGAGUCAAUCCCGCCAGGAAAAAAAGGAGCGAUCUCACCUCUUCAGAUGUUGGUUUAAGUCCGACAAUACAUUCCUCAAAAAGGGCGUAGAGGAGCAAAUUAAUCCAUCAACGUGUAGCAUUCAAUUUAUUCCGGACCAUUAAAGACGCCGCCUUCCACGUAGAAUCAUGCGUCAUCCUCGCUGCCAUAUUGGAUAGGUCAAAGCGGAGAAUAAAGAUUCAUGCGCUGCCUUUAACUGUACCAACAGGUUUACCGUCCAAACGAGAUCACAUGGGAUUACCUUUCACAGGUGAGAAACAACAAAUUAAUCCAUCAACGUGUAGUAUUCAAUUUAUUCCGGACCAUUAAAGACGCUGCCUUCCGCGUAGAAUCAUGCGUCAUCCUCGCCGCCAUAUUGGAUAGGUCAAAGCGGAGAAUAAAGAUUAGCUGCGUUUAACUGUACCAACAGGUUUGCCGUCCAAACGAGAUCACAUGGGAUUACCUUUCACAGGUGAGACUGGAAAAAUACUUUUUCAUUGUAUUUGGUCAUUAUAAUGUAAUUUUACGAACAGAUUUUUCUGACUUUGUGGCUAAUAUGAAGUCUCGCGCAUAAUAGUUUAUGUGCAUAUGUCCUUACUACUUCUAUUGUUCUGGUGUCUCCGAAGGGACCGUCUUACAGCGCCCCUAGAGGUGUGGCAUGUGUAUUGCAUCGUUUUCAGCAAGCGUUGCGUUGCCAUAUGGACCUGAUAUUUUACUGAUCGUUGCCCAUUUGGACACGAUAUAUUUUUAAAUAACAUCUCGUUGCCGUUGUCGUGUGGAUGUAGCCUCAGUUUCAGGGCUGAUGAGAUUAUAUUCUCUCUAAACAUCCAGGAACAUUGCUCCAUUCAUGUUUCCUUUGAUGAACAGUAAUGCCCCGAUACCAUUUGCAAAGAAGCAGCCCCAUAUUAUGAUGCUCCAGCCUCCUGCUUCACUGUGGGAUUGAUGUUCUUGGGCUUGUACACCCCACCCCCCACCCAAACAUGAUGAUCUGAGUCAUUGCUGAACACUUUCGUUUCUUCUUUUGUUCCAAGAGAGUUCUGAUUGGUCUAAAUGCUUGUAUGCAAAUUUUACAGUGAGAGCUUUAGCUUUCUCACUUAACCUUCCUUUCCUUAGUUUGAGAGCACCUUGUGAAACUUGGGGAAAUUGUCAGAAUGCUUAUUUCCCCUCAUGGUACAGUGGGGCAAAAAAGUAUUUAGUCAGUCACCAAUUGUGCAAGU